AUAUCCAUAACCGUUGAUUUACAUACCCGUUUCGUACUUUUUGUGAAGCCAACAGCGUUCGUAUAUGAAGUCGAAAAUAUGCGACCUCAAUUUGGAUUCCCAAAUUUGCGAUCUCAGAGAGGAGAGAGAAAGGAGACGCAAAAGGACGCGGGAGGGAGAAAGUCGUUCAACGACUUUGAACAGUGAUGAGAAACCUCUGCCAAAUCAUCCGAAUCCACCAUAAAAGCAGAGACGAGAUUGCUGCAAUCAUCCCAACUUCAUCGCAACCAUUCAACCUUCGUCGCAAUUAUUCCGAACUUUGCCGCAAUCAUCCUCCUCUCCUCAAUUACCUCUUCCAACGUUGAUAGGUACCAUUCUUCAUCACUCAGUCUUCAACCGUUGUCUAUAUGUCUGCAUAUGAAGAUAUAAUUGAGAUUUUGGGGUGUUCUUUCAUAGGAAUUUGGGGCUCCUCUAAUCUGCAAGGUCAUUUGGGGCGAGCUCUUUGUAGAAGAUGAAGCUUUAAAUGAUAUCGCUUUAAAUGAUAUCGCUUUUUCAAGUUUAUGUUCCCUUUUGUGUUUAUUCUCAUCAAGUGCAAGUGCAAGUGCUAUGUUCUGGUCCUACUUUAUUUAAUUACUAAUGUUUUCUUGACUAGUUGUAGAUAUGGAUUCCAUGUACAAUUCAUAUGCAUCGUUGCUCAUGAGCGAUGAAUUAAACGAUGAUCAUAAUAUUGAUCAAUUGGAGUCACAAAUUCCAUCCGAGAUUGUGCCUUUAACAGGCACUAGUCGAAGAAGUCAGAAUUUCUCAAUUGACGAUGACAAACUCCUUGUCUCCGCUUGGCUAAAUACUAGUAAAGAUUCAACUCAUGGGAAUGCUCAAAAUGCUAAUAGAUAUUGGCAAAGAAUUAGUGAAUUCUUCAACACCCAUGGAGGUCCCCGUACCCAAGCAUCUCUAAAGCAAAGGUGGAAUGAUAUUAACAAGAAGUGUCAAAAAUUUUCUGGUUAUUUAAGUCAAAUUGAAGGAAGACAUCCUAGCGGACAAACCGAACAAGGAAUGGUAGAUGAUGCAAAAUCUAUGUACGCUGACUUAGAGCAUAAACCAUUUCUACUUGAGCAUUGUUGGAUUAUAUUGAAGGAUGAAGCUAAAUGGCAAGAAACUCUCUCAAACAAGAGGCAUAAGACUUCUAGUGUCUCCGUACAUGACCUUAGUGAGUCUCCCAUUGGCGGAGAUAAUGAUGAACGUUCCAUUAAUCAAGAUAGACCACUAGGCACAAAAGCCGCAAAAAAACUUGCUGCAAGUGGAUCGAAGUCCUCAAUUUCGGAUGAGAUUUUGAAAGAGAAACUUAAUAUCGAACGCGCAAAAUAUGAACAACGUGAUAGAGCUCUACUUGAACAGCAACGAGAUAGAGAGCUAAAGGAAAGGGAGAUGGAGAGGAGUUGGGAAAUAGAAGUUAUGUCCAAAGACCUUAGAGGCAUGGAUCCCAUGGUGGCUGAGUAUUGGAAGAAUGCUAGGAUAGAGAUAAUGGCAAAAAAGGGUUAUAAUUUUUAAUGUUUUCUUAUUUUGUUAAAUGAUUGUCUAAACUUUCUUUAAUCUCCUGUGUUUUGGCACUACGUUUGAGCUACAUGUUGUGGAUUUCUAAUUGGAUAGUGAUUGAGCUGAAGGAAACAAAGUAACAUUUAUUAUCA